AUGUUCCGUCAGACUGCAAGCGCUAUGCGCCCCGCACUUUAUGCGCGUGCGGUUGCGCCUUCUGCACGGGUGCUGCUGGGAUGUGCCGCGCGUGCUCCUGUGCGCUACUACACGGCACCUCAGGGAAAGCCACAAGGCGCGCAAGCCAUGCGUGGUUUGAAGAGCGAUGGGCCAUGGGCAAUCACCUCCCUGAUUGUGUUUGGCGCUUUGUUUGUAUACGUGCUGCGUCCUGGUCUUGUUGACGGUGGCCACGAUGAUCAUAGCCACAAGGAGGGAGAGCACAAGGAGGAGCUCGACGAUGCAGCCGAGUCCAAGGGCGAGGAAGAGCCACAGGAGGAUGACGAGAAGGACGGUGCUAAGGACGACGCUAAGGAGUCUAAGGACGAUGAGAAGUCCGACGAAAAGGAGGAGUCCAAGGACGAGGCUAAGGAGUCCAGUGACGACAAGUCCGAUGACAAGUCCGAUGAAAAGGAAGGGUCCAAGGACGAGGCUAAGGAGUCCAGUGACGACAAGUCCGAUGACAAGUCCGGCGAAAAGGAAGGGUCCAAGGAUGAUGCGAAAGAGUCCAAGGGCGACGACAAAUCUGAUGACUAG